CGGCCGUACAAGGUGUGCCACUCAGUCCUGUCCUGUAGGACCCACUGGCCUCAGACAUGGCACGUCUGGCCCUCCCUGUCUUCCUCGUUCUUUGCUUCUCCUUGCUCCACUUCAGCUCCGGCCGUCCAUCUCGCACCAGGAAGGCCGUGUCACCUCGUCAGCCCGGAGCUGCAGAGGAAGAUUAUGUGAAAUCUCAGCUUAAGAAGUUGUGGCAGGAGGUGAAUUCACUGAAAGAGAUGCAGGCGUUGCAGACAGUCUGUCUCCGUGGCAUCAAAGCUCACAGGAAGUGUUAUCUUACAAUUGAGACCAAACAUUACCACGAAGCAAAUGAAGACUGUAUUUCACAAGGAGGAACCCUUGCAACGCCGCGGGACAAGAUGGAAAACAAUAUACUGAGAGACUAUGCGAAGAGGAGUGCCCCAGGAUCAAAGGAAUUCUGGAUUGGCGUGGCAGACAUAGUUAAAGAAGGCCAGUAUGUUGACGUCAACAGCCUGCCUGUCGGCUACUUCAACUGGGACCGCUCCAAGAAGCAGCCCACAGGAACGAAGAGGGAGAGCUGUGUUGCCCUUUCAGUGGUCGCGCAAGGAAAGUGGUACGAUGAGGUGUGUGGCAGCCUCAAAAAGUACAUCUGUGAAUAUGUCAUUCCCUAAAGGAAACAGAGUGGCUGCUGACUACUUCAUGAUCAUUUGUGUGGGUCAUUGAUUAAAAGUGUGCAAAAAUGUGUUUUCAAAUCUGGGCUAAUUCAUGAUGGAAACACAGCUUGUUUUUGACUGUGUAUUAUGAAAUGUAUUUUAUCAACUUGUGUCAUUAUAAUUAGUAAUUCAGAAUCAGAAUCAGAAAAGCUUUAUUGCCUAGUACUUUUUACACUUAUGAGGAAUUUGUUUUGGAGAUAAGGUGCUACAUAUAGACAAACAUACAGUUGAGAUAAAUAAAUGUAGAAGGUUAUUAAUUAGCUUUAAUACACACAGUAGAAACUGAAAUCAAAAGAUAUUCAGGUGAAAUUAUGUGAUUUCCCUUUUAUAAGAGCUAUCAGGCAACUUCAUGUUCACUUUAUGCAAAGUCCCAAAGCUCAAACUAUUUGAUUUUGUCAAAUCAACAUAGUUUACAUUAAUACAGUUUCAUACAUAAACACCAGGGAGUUCCCCAGUUUACCACUCUACUGCUGACCACUGAACAGCUUGAUUUAAGCAGAUGUGGGUGUAGUGAACGGUAGCAUGGAAGUGAAAGGAAGUGUUUGCCUGUUGGUUGUUCUGUUGGUUGCCUCACUUGGACACUGAAGGAAUAGAGCCCAAUGAAAAAAGUUUGAAAUUUAAUUUUGGGAGUAGUGUACAUGGGCGUAAGAGAAGCAAGAUACCCUUUGUUGUAUGUUGCACUCACACACUGUUUUUAGACUAAUUGACUAAAAAGGCAGCAUGUAUACUUCUGAAUGGUAAGUGACGUUAAAACAUUUAGUUAUACAAGCUGACUGUGAGGCCUGAGCAGCACGAUGAAGCCAUUUGCUCUCUAUUUUCUAAACAUAUUUUUUUUCUGUAAUACUACCUUCUUGGGUAAAACUGUACAUAAAUCAUUUCAUACUAAAACAUUAUCGCAAGAAAAUAAAUUUUCACUGCACUGUACAUAAAUGGAUUUAUGGAACCAUCA